AUGGACAAUGAUCAAGCACUAUAUUCUUUAAUGGAUGUUAAUAAACGGCUCAAUACAAUUGUAUAUGAUUCAAUAUUUACAAGUCAUUUAACAUUAAUGAGUCGUUCUUCAAAUGAUUCUAUCAAUUCAUUAUCUGAUACUGUACUUGAUCGGUUUUAUUUUUCAAUUUUACCUUUAAUUCAUCAUAAAAUCCAAUGGCUCAAUGUUGAAUCAUCAUCUAUAGAACGUAUUCUUCUUUGUGGAAAUUAUCCUAAUUUAUAUGGAGUCGGUUUAUAUAAUCUUGAAAUAGAAAGAGCGAAACAUCUGUUUACUGAUGGAAAUAUUUUCACUGAUUUAUUUAAAAAUCAAAUUUUAUCUCUUAUUAUCUGUAUGAUUAAAAGUAAAAAACAAGCUUCAACAAAAGAUGAGAAUACAAUUUUAUUUACACGUAUCCUCACUGUAUUUCCCAAUCUACAGUAUUUAAACUUUGAAUCAUCGUCAUUUUACUCUCCAUACUGCUCAUUCGAUAAGUUACAUCCGAAUUGUAUUUAUUCAACUCUCUUAGAACUAUAUAUCAAUGUAAUGCAUUUCAGCGAUUGUCUUUAUUUACUUAAUGGACAGUUUAAUCAACUUCAAGUAUUUCAUGUUAGAAUCUCUUGGAUUUAUCGUUUUUCAAGUCUAACAAUCAAUAAUACGGAAAAUUUACCAAAUUUAAAAUGUUUUUCAUUAUAUUCUGAUAUAGAUACAAGUUUUUAUGAUCAAUUAAUUGUUCCACUUUUACAUCGAAUGUUGAAUUUAGAAAAACUUAAUCUAUAUCUUAUAAUUUGUGGUAAGAAAACAUUUAUUGAUGGAAAUGAUUUGAAAAAAAAUAUUAUCAAUCAUAUGCCGCAGUUAAAUAAAUUUACGUUUAAUAUUCGGUCUACUGUUCGUCUUCAUAAUGAAAUUAAUUUACUAUCAAAGGAAGAUAUUCAAUAUACAUUCAAUGAUUUUGAAAAUAAACAAAUUAUUUCUUGUGUCGAUUAUUUUUCCGAGCUUGAACAAAGUGAAUGUCAUAUUUAUUCAUAUCCAUAUGAAUGGAAAGAAUAUCAUAAAAUAACAAAUAAUUUUCCUGGUGGAACAUUUAAAUAUGUUCGUGAAAUAUCAUUAUUUGAUGAACAACCUUUUGAACAUGAAUUUUUUUUUCAAAUUUCUCAAUCAUUUCCAUUCAUGAAAAAAUUAACUUUAAUUAAUGAAAAACCAAAAAAUAAUAAACAAUCUAGAAAAUUAGAUGAUGAUAAUAAUCAACAUUUAUCAAUCAUUGAGUAUCCAUAUCUUUUUG